AUGAAGACAGAGAAGCUUAUGUCGGUAACAUCGAAGGCAUAUGAAGUAAGAUAUGUCACAAUUAAAAAGCCCUCAAAGCUUGCUCAGUUGGCUAGUCAUUUAGUGCUAAAAACAGUGGAAAAUUGUAGAAGUUGUCCGGCAGAUAGCCUUGGUCGAGAUAAGAAUUUUCACCUCACUAUUACACUCAAAAAUUUUUUGGGUUCUAGUAUAACCAAAGAAGUUUAUGACGUUACUAUAGCUCGUGGGGAAAUAGAGAAGCUAGCAAAUCAAGUUGAUGAAAAUAUUCAUUAUCAUUUACGAAGAGCUGCUAUCAAUGAGUCUUGCUAUGUAGCUGGAGAGUUUUUGGGUGGAGAUUUCUUUG